CCCACCUACUUCACCAUUCAACUACUAUCUCGUCUUGAACAUAGAUUUUGAGUUUUAACUACAGCUGACGAAUUAGACCAAAACAAAAAGUUGGGAUUGAGAGAGUGAGAGAUGGGGAAGAACAUUGGUGAAGUGGAUGUGGAGGACUUUGUGCAGGCGGGUUUGACAGCGACCGACGCCAGGGAGUUUAAUGAGAUUCUGAAAGAAACUCUGAGAAAAAGCAAAGGUUUGGAGCCAAGAGAGGUUUGGAGGGAGUUGGUGGCUCAGAAAGUGCUCAAGCCAUGGUACCCACAUGGGCUGCACCAACUUGUGUAUUACAGUGUGUAUAAUGGUUGGGAUGCCUCCUCCAAUGGACCUCCUCUUUAUUGGUUCCCUUCAAUAAAUCAAUCAAAACUGACUAACUUGGGACGUAUAAUGGAAGCUCAUGGUCCAAAGCUUUUAGGGACAUUGUACAAGGAUCCUAUAACAAGUUUUAGCCUCUUUCAGAAAUUCACAGCUGAACACCCUGAGGCUUACUGGCCCAUCGUCCUAAACGAGCUUUCAGUUGAAUUUCAUGAACCCCCAAAGUGCAUUCUAGAUAGAACUGACAAAUUGAAACCUGGUGGAGUUUGGCUUCCAGGCGCAACUUUGAAUAUUGCUGAAUGUUGUUUGCAACCUUCAAAUCAUCCAAGGAAAGAGGAUGAUAGUCCGGCUGUUGUGUGGAGAGAUGAUCGCUGUGAUGACUCCCCUGUUAAUCAUUUGACAUUGAAAGAACUUCGAGAGCAAGUAAUGUUGGUGGCUAAUGCAUUGGAUGCCACAUUUUCAAAGGGUGAUGCAAUUGCAAUUGACAUGCCAAUGACAGUCCAUGCCGUUGUUAUCUAUCUAGCAAUUGUCCUUGCAGGAUUUGUUGUUGUAUCAAUAGCUGACAGCUUUGCACCAAAGGAGAUUGCAACUCGUUUGCGAGUGUCAAAAGCAAAGGGUAUCUUUACUCAGGAUUUUAUACUGAGAGGAGGUAGAAAGAUUCCUUUAUACAGUAAAGUUGUAGAAGCUGGUCCUGUUAAAACUAUAGUACUCCCUGUGAUUGGACAUGAUGUGGGCAUUCAACUAAGAGAACAUGAUUUAUCAUGGAUAGAUUUCCUUUCAAGUGUCCGUCACCAUCCGAGACGAAAGCAUUACUCUCCAGUUUAUCAACCAGUAGACUCGGUGAUUAAUAUCCUUUUUUCAUCUGGGACAACAGGAGAACCAAAAGCGAUUCCAUGGACUCAGCUUUCUCCAAUUCGAAGUGCUUCUGAUGGAUGGGCUCAUAUUGAUAUUAAAGUUGGAGAUGUUUACUGCUGGCCAACAAAUUUAGGAUGGGUGAUGGGGCCAACUCUACUCUUCUCAAGCUUUCUAAGUGGUUCUACUCUUGCACUCUUUCAUGGAUCUCCUCUUGGCCGUGGUUUUGUAAAAUUUGUUCAGGAUGCUGGAGUGACUGUUUUGGGUACAGUUCCAAGCUUAGUAAAAGCUUGGAAGAGCACAGACAUUCUGGACGGCUUAGACUGGACAAAGAUAAAAACAUUUUGCUCCACUGGAGAAGCUUCAAACUUUGAUGAUGACCUUUGGCUUUCUUCAAAAGCUUACUACAAACCCAUUAUUGAAUGUUGUGGAGGCACAGAGCUUGCUUCAUGCUACAUCCAGGGAAGUCCACUUCAGCCACAAGCAUUUGGAACCUUCAGCACUGCAUCAUUGACAACAGGAUUUGUCAUUCUUGAUGAAAAUGGAGUUCCUUAUCCCCAUGAUCAACCGUGUGUUGGUGAAGUGGCUUUGUUCCCUCUGUACCUUGGAGCAACUGAUAGAUUGCUUAAUGCUGAUCACGAGAAAGUUUACUUCAGUGGAAUGCCAACAUAUAAAGGAAUGCGCCUUAGGAGACAUGGAGACAUCAUCAAGAGGACCGUUGGAGGCUAUUUUGUUGUACAGGGCAGGGCUGAUGACACCAUGAAUCUCGGUGGGAUAAAGACAAGUUCUGUUGAAAUUGAGCGUGUGUGUGACCAAGCUGAUGAAAGUAUCUUGGAGACUGCUGCUAUCAGUGUAGCUCCUGCAGGUGGUGGUCCUGAAGUGUUGGUUAUUUUUGUUGUACUAAAGAAAGGAUGCAACUGCCAACCAGAUAAGCUCCGGUUGAUAUUCUCGAAAGCCAUCCAAAGAAACCUCAACCCUCUAUUUAAGGUAAACUUUGUGAAGAUUGUCCCGGAGUUUCCUCGAACUGCAUCAAACAAGUUGCUGAGGCGAGUCUUAAGGGACCAAGUGAAGCAUGAGCUAUCUGUUAGGAGCAGAAUGUAGAGGAGCUAUGCAAUUGGUAGCCAUUGGUUUGAAUUUUGAAAAAUAAUGCAUGAAAGGGUCAUUGAAAGUGCUGCAUUUCCCCUUUAUUUAUAGUUUUUAUUUGUUAGAAUAUCAUUGUUGAAGACUUGCAGAUUUACAGUACCUUCUAUAAUUCACAAUGAAAAGAAAGAAGGUGGAGUGUAAAUUAGUUGACUAAUGUGGUUAAUUGAUGAGGAAAUAAAGUUUAUGCUGUUUAGAGGGCA